AAACUUAACAAAGGUAUACAGACUUUAUACCGUCAUAACUUGUAUCAUUUGAACUUUGUUGGAUCGAGUUUAACCAAAUUUGAAGACACAUGCGCCUGAUAUACGGCUAAUGCAGUUUUAAUGUUAAGCUCUAAAUAUUUACAUUUUUUUUAGUACGAAAGAGGAAAAACUUAUGAUAUGGGAUGUAUUUGAAAGAGUGAUACUGGAGGAAUAAGGAAAGGUAACUGCCAAGGUUUACUUCGUACAAAACAGAUGCGCCGGUUUAGAUAUUUUGGAUUAAAGCAACCGUAAUUGUUGAAGUCAUUUCCCAACGUUGUGACGUCGCCCCGCACGUGCAAUGGGGGUGGAACAAUCCCACGAGACGUACCCUUCCUACACUAAAGAUCUCACGGACGGUUGCAGGUAUUGGGCAGAUUUCGACAAUCAGUAUUUCGCCAAGGGGACGUACCGGUACGCCUUCCGCGGCACUGUACAUGGCGAGGGCCCGCGGGACGGAAGCCUCUGCGUCACCAAAGUCUUCAAGCGGAAGUACGCCAAAUACUUUGACCGAUGGAGGCCGGACUUUAACGCCAGUAUGAAAUCGCAGCAUUACGCGGAAAUAUUUACCAAAAACGUAUUACCGGCGUUACGUCAUAUCGUUACAACGACGGACAUAGAGUUUAUAGUGCCGUUGAUAGCUAAGAUGGAUUCAGUCUCUCAUUUUAAAGUGUUAGGGCUAUUUGCUGUCAAUGAAGACACUACAUACGUUUCACCGUGCGAAUACGUCGCCAUUGAACCGUAUCUGCACGGGCAAUUUGAAAAAUUCAACUCAAAUGGAGGUUUCGAAGAUAACACCGCUGCUGUAUUAAACACAUUUUCUCACUGGACUUGGCACGUAAGCGGCCACAAGUUCCUAGUUUGUGACCUUCAGGGCGUCCAUCAGGGCCGGAGUUACGUUUUGACCGACCCCUGUAUUCACUCUGUGGACGGGCGCUUCGGAAUGACGGACCUAGGUGUCGUCGGCAUGGAAAAAGUUCUAUCAAACCACACGUGUAAUGUGCUCUGUCAUAAACUUGGUCUAGAGAACCCUAUGGCGGGGCUGGGCCCCGGCUCCCGCAGCUCCGCCCGGGCGACACAGUACGUCUUCCAGCUCUCAGACACGGACAUCUACCGCGCAAAUGAAGCGAGGACGCGCUAUUUUACGCUGGUCAAAUCCAUCGUCGACUAGAAGCGGUCACCGGUCGAUGACGUAAUAGAAUAGAGGCGCUCAUUGGUCGAUUCUAUUAUAUAUCAUUUUCUAGAGGCGGUCACUGGCUGAUUCCAUAAUAUACUGGAGGCAUUCACUGGUCGAUUCUAUUAUUAUAACAUUUUCUAGAGGCGGUCGCUGGAUGAUUCCAUUAUAUAUACUGGAGAUGGUCACUGGUCGAUUACCAUACAUCAUAGACCAGAGGCGGUCGAUUCCGUUAUAGACUAUAGGCGGUGGUCGAUUCCGUUAUCGUCUAAAAAGGUCACUGGUCAAUGCCGGUUUAGAAAAGGCGUUAUUCACCAGUAUUUUAGUCAUGAAACAAACUUCCGUAUUGUUUGCGAACUCGCUACCCGGUGAUUCUUGGUACUUAAACAGAUUAUGAAGCAGUUUUCUGAGGUUUGCAAGGAAGAGUAUUUAUUGUUUAAAGUUUGCCUCUUCAGGAAGGAACUUAAGUUUGGCAAAUUCGUGUUACGAUGGAGCAGACGACAUGAGCAUUGUAUGACGAAUUUGGAAAUGUUAUGUUCAUUAUGCACCAAAUGCAGAAAACCUUUAUUGUUGUAUGGAACUAUAUGGUAUGGUUAUUUGUUCUACGGAACUAUAUGGUAUAGGUUAUUUGCUCUAUGGAACUAUAUGGUAUAGGUUAUUUGCUCUAUGGAACUAUAUAGAAUGGUUAUUUGCUCUACGGAACUAUAUAGUAUGGUUAUUUGCUCUACGGAACUAUAUGGUAUAGGUUAUUUGCUCUAUGGAACUAUAUGGUAUAGGUUAUUUGCUCUAUGGAACUAUAUGGUAUAGGUUAUUUGCUCUAUGGAACUAUAUGGUAUAGGUUAUUUGCUCUAUGGAACUAUAUAGUAUGGUUAUUUGCUCUACGGAACUAUAUGGUAUGGUUAUUUGUUCUACGGAACUAUAUGGUAUGGUUAUUUGCUCUACGGAACUAUAUAGUAUGGUUAUUUGCUCUACGGAACUAUAUGGUAUGGUUAUUUGUUCUACGGAACUAUAUGGUAUGGUUAUUUGUUCUACGGAACUAUAUGGUAUGGUUAUUUGUUCUAUGGAACUAUAUGAUAUGGUUAUUUGUUCUAUGGAACUAUAUGGUAUGGUUAUUUGUUCUAUGGAACUAUAUGAUAUGGUUAUUUGUUCUAUGGAACUAUAUGAUAUGGUUAUUUGUUCUAUGGAACUAUAUGGUAUGGUUAUUUGUUCUAUGGAACUAUAUGGUAUGGUUAUUUGUUCUAUGGAACUAUAUGGUAUGGUUAUUUGUUCUACGGAACUAUAUGGUAUGGUUAUUUGUUCUAUGGAACUAUAUGGUAUGGUUAUUUGUUCUAUGGAACUAUAUAGUAUGGUUAUUUGCUCUACGGAACUAUAUGGUAUGGUUAUUUGCUCUACGGAACUAUAUGGUAUGGUUAUUUGCUCUAUGGAACUAUAUGGUAUGGUUAUUUGUUCUAUGGAACUAUAUGGUAUGGUUGUGUUUCUCCAGUGGAGUUCAUUACUCAUUGCUAACGGACGUUAGACUUAACACACAUAGUGCUUUUAACAAUGUAUUAGCAAUAGUUUUAACCAGUAUUUUAUUUGUUUUGGAUAAAUUGUGCAAUGAAUAAAGAUGUAAAACUAG